CAAGGGGCAGGAGUCGCCGUGUGGCAGUGGUGGUGAGGAGGGCGAGCUACGGGCAGGCUCUCGACGCACCUCGGGGCCUUCACACGCAAUCACCACUCACCCGCACCCACUGCACCCUCCACUCCCCAUUCAAGCUUUCCUUCUGCUCCUCCUCCUCCUCCUCUCUCAAGAAUCUCUGUUCCUACCUCCCCUUCCUCCUUCUUCCCCAAGUGUAUUUAUGCCCGUGGGAAGCAAGUUGCGGUGUUCUCCCUGACUCCCAAGGCGGGCGGGACUAGCUGAGUCUUGCCGCCGAGCGUGACUCCCCGCUCCAGACGCAGCCUCCCUAGCAGUCACGCUCCUCCUGACUCACGUGGCGCGCUGAGGAAACCAAAUCAAGGUGGCAUGGGCGUGGCGCGAGUGACAGUGUGGGUGGCGUGGGUGGCAGCUAGCGUGGUGAUGAUGGCAGUGGAGUGGGCGCCUCUUGCUAGUGGGGCGCCGUCACCUAGCGUGCAGAGUUUCUCCAUGGCUCACUUCGGCUUUACUCUCGACCUGUACACGGCGCUGGUGAACGAGAGUGCCAAGGAAGACAAUCUCCUCUUCAGCUCCGUGGGUCUGGCGGCCGUGCUGUCCCCUCUCCUGGCCAGCGGGGACUCUCUCAUUAGUCAGCAGAUUAGAGAGGUGUUGCGUCUCUCUAACAUGAGCGUCGCCUGUGUGGAGAAGGGCCACACUGAUAUGCUUGCCCACUUCAAGAGCACUUACUACGACGAGGUGCUCCAGCUUGGCUACACCGUGUUCUUCCCGCCCUCCGCCCACUCCACCAGCGCCCUCUACUCUGAAGGCAUGGUGCAACAGGUGGAUUUUCUCGAGAAUGCUGGGGACGUGGCCGCGAAAGUGAGCGAUUGGGUGACGACGGUGACAAGGGGACGGAUUGGGCCAGUGGAUGCCGUGACGGAGGCGCUGCCGGCUGGGGGAAACGCGGGGAUAGCUGUAGUGGCCCUCGCCUUCUCUGGCCAAUGGCUCCACGGCUUUCAACCUGAGCUGACUUUCGACAAGGGUCUCUUCUACACCACGCCCCAGGAAAGGUUUGAGAUCCCGAUGAUGGUGGGUCGUCUGGAGCUCCCCCUGGGCUCCUACCCGCCCCUGGAGGUGCGGGUGCUGGAGCUGCCCCUCGCCGCCCGUCGCGCCUCCACCUUCAUCCUACUGCCGGACCACCCCGAGCGAGGCCUGGCGCCCCUUGAACACAACAUGACGCAAAACAACAUGAAAGCACUCUUCUCCAGCCUCAAGGACGAGCGAGUGAACCUUCGUCUGCCAAGGUUUCGAGUGGAGGUCACCCAACCGAUAAAGUCAGCCCUCACCUCACUGGGCCUGAGCAGCGUGUUUCCUCAGCCCCUGCAGGACAUCCACCACAGGUUGGUGGUGGAGGUGCGGGAGGCGGGCGAAAACAACACCCACGCCCAGGACUCCCGCGGCGACCAGGUGGGGACUUUUGGGGACAAGUACUUCGAAGUGGACCAUCCGUUCGUCUUCUUCGUGUGGGACUACCGGGCCAGCAGCGUCCUGGUGAUGGGCCGUGUGGUCUCGCCCGAACCCAUUCUUGUCAACUAACUCGACCCCUGGUGGCCUUGAGGGGAAUUAUGAUCGUUCACCGUUUUCUUUUCUUUUUCCUUCGUUCUCUUCUAUUCCUUUUACACAUUCACUCUUUUAUUCUUUCUUCUUUUGUAUUUUCUCUCCACUACGUUUCGCUGAAUAUCUCCACACUCAUUUUGUGCUCAACUGUACAUGCAUGCAUUCAUACAUACAUACAUGCAUACACACAUACUCGUACAUACACACAUACAUACGCAUAGUAAAUCUACUUAUACAAGCUUUAUACGUACAGAGGAAUACACGAUUCCUUGAUCUCCUUUCACUGAAGCACACAACAAUAUUUCGCUUGUUUUCUUCAUAAUUUCCAAGCUUCCUAUAUUCCUUUCGUGUUAUGUCCGGUGUUAUUUCUCGUGCUAUUUCCGGUGUUAUCUCCACGUAGGAUGAUCUCAUAGUCCUUCUGUCCGGCAGUUGGUGAUUGGCGCUUGUCAUCCUGAAGCAGAGGUCCUGACAAGCUUUUCAUCACUUGUUGCUCAGCUUUCACUCGCGUGGUGGAGCCUCAGUGGCCGCGGCGGUGACCUGCUUGUGUCCUGAGAGGCGCGCGUCACCCUGCAUGGGCACUGCUGCAGGACUCCACGCAAUCGAUGAACUGGUCGUUACUGGUCGUAGCGUAUGCAAGUUUAAGUGUCAUAAUAACAACCUGUCGCAUGGUUGUUUGCCCCAAAGUAAGCCACAACGAGCCAGCCAGGGCGUCCCGUACACCGCUAGGCUGACUUCUUAAACGUUUCAUUCAGUGGUUUGGUCCUUAAUAUUUUUCUUAAUUUUUUUUUUUCUAGCACAGUAUUGCAAGUUACAGAAGUUUUCCAUUGUGCUUACAUGAUUCAAAUGAUGAUUUAAUGGGAAUUUCAUAUCAAUUAUAAAGAUAACCUGAUAACCCAGUCUUGAUAACGUUUAAUGUUCUGAAACGUUUCAACGUCUUAUCAGUGACUACCAUAAACAGGAUUCUGCUACAGCAUUGCAAGUUACAGAACUUUACAAGAGUGUUUAAAUUUUUCUAGUGAUAGGCUCACGAGAAUUCCACUCCGUCAGUGACCAAACAACAUGAAAAACAUGAUUAAUCAUCACUGAAACCUCUGAAAUGUUUCACAUUUCCAAACGUUGCACUGUCUUGUCAUUGAAAAAAAGACUAAGCAAAUCAUCACAGCUUUCGAAGAAUAUUUCCAUGAUUCAAGUGACAGGUUAACAAUAAUUAUAAAACAUCUAUGGCAAAAAUCCGACUAUCCGUCACUGUAUCUCAUGGAAACAGUCCUGAGAAGAAACGUUGCAAGAAUAAAAGCCAGCCAACUGAACCAACGCACACACAGACACACACACAAACACACACACACACACACACACACACACACACACACACACACACACACACACACAAAAGAAAGCCAAGUGACUCCCUGGCGCGGUCGUGGCUUGCUAUGGAUUCCCGACAGUUACUCCUAUACACUUAUGCAUGUGAUGUGUCGCGGCUUCACAGUGAUAUGUAUAUUUAGUGACAGUGUGAUGUGAGCUGUUGUGGGGAGGUCCAAGUCAAAAAGGAACUGUGAUAAUGUGCUUAAGAGCCUCGUGUGGGAGGGCGUGGGG